UAUAUAUGUAUAGAUCAAGUAUUUGUAGAUUGAACUAAGUAAAGUUUCUCUCUUCUUUCAAACUUGGUUUAUGGAGCAUUUUCCCUUGGCAUUGGAUCUGGGGUUUCCUUGCUUUCUCUGAAAGGGUCUGCUCAUUGGCGUGUUUACUAAGUUAAAUUUGUGAGUUUAAAUCCGAAGAAAAUCAACUUUUUUGCUUCUUCAAGUUGAUGUUUGUAAUGUGUUUAUGAUUAAGACUGUGAGAGUUUGUAGUGAUAGAUUAGAUGGCUUUUAGAGACAAAGAUUUAGAAUUUGACCUUGAAAAUGGAGUAGCUGUUAAUGGUAGAGGCGAUUUCGCAGUGCCGUUGUUGUCCGGCGAUAUCUCGAGUUGUGGUAGUGUGUGUGUGGAGAAUUUGCAGGCAAUGCCGAUUACGAAUUGUGAUAAGGAUGGUAAGGAGAAUAGAUUAGUGUUGAAGGAGAAACGUAAGAGCUUGAGCCAUAAGAAACCUCCUAGACCUCCGAGAGCUCCGUCAUUGGAUGCGGCCGACCAGAAGUUAAUCAAGGAGAUAGCGGAACUUGCGAGAUUGAAGCGUGCAAGGAUCGAGCGGAUCAAAGUCUUGAAGAAGAUGAAGGCUGCUGAGGAAACAACUUCACACAGAAACAAUGUUCUUGCCACCGUGUUUACCAUCAUUUUUUGUAUUGUCAUGAUCUUUCAAGGAAUGUCACCCGGAGGUAGACCGACAGGUUCCCAAGAAUCUCCCGUGCCAGUCGGAGCCGGAGCAGUGAACAGAGGUCUAAUUUCAGUCCAAUUCUCGGAGAAACCAUCUGCCAGCAUUCCAAAUCAACCAGAUUCAGGAUCUCCAAAUUUAGUGGAGCAGGUUGUAGGUUUAGACGCUCAGGAAAAGCUGGGGUCGAGUUAAAAUUAUUGUGUAAAUUUUUUGCCGUGAUUCUCAAAUAAUUAGCCUACAGCCUGCACAGCAACUUACCUGGUCAGGUUAUGUUGUGGGAUCAUGUGUACUGGUUUCCCCCCCUGAUACACCAUGUUCAUUAAAACUCUGAUUUUAAAUAAUAAUAUGUUUCUUGCUGGAGAAUCUGAUUUGAAUUUUUUUGAGAUCAACACUCAAGUUGACUAACAAAUCUGAAUAUUAUAUGUUUUAUCUGUU